ACGAGUCCUUCCGGGGUGAGGGUCACCAUGGCAGCGGCCUUGGCUCGGCUCGGACUCCGCUCUGUCAAGCAGGUUCGGGUUCAAUUCUGCCCUUUCGAGAAGAACGUGGAGUCAACAAGGACCUUCCUCCAGGCCGUGAGCAGCGAGAAAGUUCGCUGCACCAACCUCAACUGCUCGGUGAUAGCGGACGUGAGACACGACGGCUCCGAGCCCUGCGUGGACGUGCUGUUCGGAGACGGGCAUCGCCUGAUUAUGCGCGGCGCGCACCUCACCGCCCAGGAAAUGCUCACUGCCUUCGCCUCCCACAUCCAGGCCAGGGGUGCGGCGGGAAGCGGGGACAAGCCGGGCGCCAGUACCGGGCGCUGACAGCGCGGAAGAGACCAACAAGCAGGUUUUCACCUAAGACUGCUAAGGACACAUCUAAGAAGAGCUUGACUUAAUUACUCAAAUCACUAUCUAGAAGACCACAGAGCGCAAAAGAGAAAAGAAAGAGCCCUGUGACUACAAAUCCAACCAGUGUUUCUGGGAUGAGGCAAGAUGGGGAGAGGUCUGGACAAAUUUGAAUUUUAUUUCACUUUCUUACCAUCACUCACUGCUUAACCCUUUUGAAUUUGGCUUCUUCCAACACUACUCAAGGUACCUCUUACUCUUAUUAGAAAUGCUGUUAUCUCGGUCCUCAUUUUUCCAUUUCAGCAGCACCUGCCACUCUUAAUUCCCUCCCUUGUGUAACUUCUUUUCCGCUCAGGUCCUUUUUCUUCUUUUAACCAUAAAGGCAUACUACUCUCCUUCUUUCUCUUCUCUCUUUUAUUUUUGGGGCAUCUCAUAUUCUGUCAUGACUUGAACUACCCUCUUGGGUUAAACCCUACAUUUCUGUUCGGCUCUAAUCUCAGAUUCUGUGCUAUAGUCAGGGUACUUACUACCAAUUUUCUCCAAAUUCCACCAACACUCUUUGUCUAACCCUAACCCGAUAAUCUUACAUACUCUCUAAAGUUGACCCUUGAACAAUGCAGGUUUGAAUUGCAGAGGUCCUUUUACAUGCCUGAUUUUCAAAUAAAUACAUAGUACAAGUACUACACGAUCUGUGGUUGUUUGAAUCUGCGGUUGUGGAACCGUGGGUGCUGACUGUAAAGUUAUCCCCCCAUUCCCAACUCUGUGGAGCAGUUGGGCCCCUAACUCCCAUCCCCACCCCCAUUGUUUAAGGGUCAGCUGUACUUGCCUCCUCCCCUGACUUCCUCAUUCCUUUAAAAGGCACUUCAUCUGCUCAGCCACUUGAACUGGAAACCGCAGCAUUAUCUCUGGUUCUGCCCACUCCCUGAAUAAUCCAGUCAGUAAGUUCAUAAUAUUCUGUCUUAAACAAAAACUCCUGAAAUGUUCUCUACAUUUCCAUUCACUCUCCUGUAUGAUUGUUGCAUUCUCCCACCUGGUCUCCUUUUUGCUAACCGUUUUUGCUGCUGCUUACUUUUAUCUUUCUAAAGCAUAUCAUUGGUUUUAUUAUUACAACUUGUUUCAGAGAACAGUGCCUAAAGUACUUUUUAGGCACCCUGCCUAAAGUGUUUUUCAUACUAGGUUACCACCCAUUAAUGUGGAUCAUGAAGUGAAUUUAGGGGGUUAAAUCAGCCUUUAAAAAACAAAUAGAAUAAAAAGUAUCAGUAGAUGGCA